AAAGCCCGUUCAGCCUUGGCCUGGCCCAUGCUGACGAAGGUGGAGACUCUGUUGGAUCUGAUGGCAUCUGGAAUGUGCAAAGGGCCGGAGGAGGAGAAGUGAGAAGUGCAUGGCUCCAGCACUGAAGUACGGCUGGGGCUUUGAAUGCCAACACUUAAUGGACAUGUGCACGUGCACACAGUGGCAGCGCCUCGACGAACAUGGAUGAAAGAUAGUUUUGAAUAACUGGCGGAACAGCCUGUUCCUCCACACUUCCUCAACACACCGGAGCGCCGUGAAAAGUUGACGAACUUUUACUGCGCUGAGCAUUUAUUGUCCCCACCUUUGAAACUUCACUCGAGAUAAUAUUUAACAGCGAAGCCAGGGUGAAGUUUACAGUUCUCUGUGCGCGCAGCGGAGCGGAUCCACGGAGCCGCGGUGACCGGUGAACCGCAUCAGACAAACAGAGAAAGGGAAAACAAUGGUUUCCAUCGGCAAGGUGCUCCUCGGAGUUUUUGGAGUGGCGGUCGUGGUCAUUUUGAUCGCGGUGCCCACGGCCAUAUAUCUGAAAGACGAGCAGGGGGGGAACAAGAACCACAGAGCUUUCACCCUGGAGGACGUCUUCAACAGUUCCCUGAAACCAAAGUCCUACAGCCUGAUGUGGAUCUCAGAUCAUGAGUAUCUCCGUAAGUCUGAAGGCUCCGUCUACCUCCACGACGUGCUCACAGGACAGACGGUGGAGUUCUUGAGCAAAGACAAGUUUAACGAGAAGCAGGCGUACGACUACCAGCUGUCUGCAGACCACAAAUACGUUGCUUUCAUGAGCAACCACUCCAAGCUGUGGAGACAUUCGUUUACAGCUUCAUAUUCACUGUAUGACCGGACGUUAGCCAAAUUUUUCACACCCUCUGACAUUCCUGAUGAAGUCCAGUACUUCGCCUGGGCCCCCCAAGGACACAAACUGGCCUUUGUUUGGGGGAAUAAUGUGUACAUAAAGACGAGCCCUGGGUCCGCACGACAGCAGGUCACGUUCGAUGGAGAGGACAACCGGAUUUUAAAUGGGAUCCCAGACUGGGUGUAUGAGGAGGAGAUGUUCUCAACCAAUCAGGGCCUGUGGUGGUCGCCUGGAGGGAAGUAUGUGGCUUAUGCUGAGUUCAACGACACCGAGGUCCACAACAUAGAGUACACCUGGUACGGCGAGAACCAGUACCCCAGAACUGUUUCCAUUGCAUAUCCAAAGCCAGGUACGCCCAACCCUGUUGUGAAACUGUUUGUUGUGGACACUGACAACACAACAGAAAUCACCGAGGUCCUUGUUCCAGCCUCAUUCAGCACAAGUGAGCACUACUUGGCCACUGUCACUUGGGUGACAGAUACCCGUAUUGCUGUCCAAUGGCUGAAGAGAGUUCAAAACCACCUCAUCCUUCAGAUCUACAGCUUAAGUGGAUCCAGAUGGGAUCCUGUUGAGAAUCUGGAGGUGACCAGUUCCACAGGCUGGAUUGGACGGUUCUCUCCACCAGAACCAGUUUUUGCUGCAGACAAGAACAGUUAUUACCUAUUGAUGAGUGACCCCAAAGGCUACAAGCACAUCCAUCAUGUAGAAGGGCAGGGAAAAGCUGCACAACUCACCACUGGAGACUGGGAGGUCAUUAACAUUCUGAAAGUCACUGCAGAUAGUGUAUACUAUACAAGUAACGAGGAUGGCAAAAGGCCAGGAGGAAGGAACGUUUACAAGUGGACCAAACAAGGAACCACUUGUCUGACUUGUUCAUUACAUGGAGAAAAAUGUCAUUAUAACUCAGCUUACUUCAGCCACAACGCCUCCUUCUACCGUAUGAGCUGCAGUGGUCCGGGCAUUCCUUACCACUCUCUCAUGGAUAACAGGAAUAAUAAAGAGAAGGAAGCUUUGGAGGACAAUAAGGCUUUUAGCGACCUCAUAUCCGACAUCAGAAUGCCCACCAUGCGUCGUGGCACCAUCAAAGUUGGUGGUUACAAUCUCUGGUACCAGAUGUUUCUGCCUCCAGGCUUUGAUGAGUCUAAGAAGUACCCUCUGCUGAUUGAUGUGUACGCAGGUCCCUGCAGCCAGAAAGCCGACUACGUCUACAGGGUGAGCUGGGCCACUUACCUGGCCAGCACUGAGAAAAUCAUCGUAGCCAGCUUUGAUGGAAGAGGAAGCGGUUUCCAGGGCGACAAGUUAAUGCAUGAAAUCUACAAACGUCUGGGAACCUAUGAGGUGGAAGAUCAGAUAACAGCAGCCAAAGAAUUCAUCAAAAUGGGCUUCAUUGACAAAGACAGAGUUGCUAUUUGGGGCUGGUCUUAUGGUGGAUAUGUAACGUCAAUGGCCUUGGGAUCUGGAAGUGGAGUUUUCAAAUGUGGGAUGGCAGUGGCUCCAGUUUCCAAAUGGAUAUAUUAUGACUCCAUCUACACUGAGCGUUACAUGAUGGAGCCUUCAGAGAACCCUGACUUCUACGCUAACUCAACAGUAACUGCCAGGGCCAAGAAUUUCCAUUCAGUGCAGUAUCUUCUGGUCCAUGGAACAGCUGAUGACAACGUGCAUUUCCAGCAGGCGGCUGAGAUCUCAGAAGCUCUGGUGGACGAGCAGGUGGACUUUGAGGCUAUGUGGUACACGGACAAGGAUCAUGGGCUCGGGGGCUCGGCCUAUCAGCACGUCUACACCCACAUGACUCACUUCCUGCAGAGGUGCUUUGCCUGAUAAUCCACUGGAUCACCAACAUCCUAUUUAAAUGUCUCAUGUGAAUAAAAAUAUUUUUGGGAUAAAGACGUGAAUUAAUUGUGAAUGCAGGUUUGAUCAUUAAUGUUCCAGAUGUCGAGGAAACAGUCUUAUUUAAAAGUUCUCAUUUUCAGCAUAAACUUUAUACAAAGCGGUCCAAGUCAUAACGUCAUUCUGCGUCUGUGAAAUUUUGUCUUGCAUAUAUUCUGUCAGAAAAAAACUACGGAAGCCCUGAAAGGCAAACAACACAAAACAAACUCAGAAUUUGGGGGUUGUUGUUUUCACAGAUUAAAAAAAAUGAAAACAACUGAACAGUUAUCAUGGAGAGAAUUGCUUUUCACUUGCUUUUCAGGGCGUCCGUAAAAAGCUUGUCUGGAUAUUAAAACUGAAAUAACUGACCUGAAGAAUAAAAUAUUGCACAAGUUGAAAAGUGAAAUUGUUCUGUCAAAGUGAAAUUGUGCUCCAUUAAAAGAGUUUUAUAUUGUAUUAAAGGGUGUAAGCACAGUUUUACUAAAUAAAAGGCACUGUU